ACACACACACGCACACACACUAUCUGUUUGCAGACGUAAAUGGAUUCGAAAAAAAUGGAAAGAUGCAAGCUGUUGCGUUGUUGGAUGUACCAAUAACGCGAGAUUUAAAGACUUGGCUUUCCUAUCGAUUUUGAAAGCAGUGACAUCGCAUACCUACAGCCAGACCACAAGAGUGAAAACUCACAUGCCAACACAUGGUAUGAAAUACAGAGGAUGGGGGAUGCCUUCCUAAGGAUUUGCUGAUGACAGGAGACUGCCAAGUCCAUCUUCCUGAUUCCGGUGAUAUUAACAAGGGAGACAAGACUAUUCCUGUUCCCUAAGUGUUAGCUGUUCAGCUUAAAAUCAAAGCCGCAUAAAAAUGCUCGAAGCACACGCCCUCAUGCUGAAAACAAGACGAAAUGCCUACUAUCGAUGCAGCUUUCAAGUUCCAUAUGUUCGUGGCUUAUAAACCAAUGCUUUCAAUAAAUAUAAGGAGCCUUAAGACUUGUUCAGAAAGGAAAAAUGGCAAGAUGGCAUAUGGAAACCGCUCCUUAUUCUGAAAUUUAUGAAAAUUCAGAUCCAGAACAGUCCUUCAAUAACUUCAGCAGCUCGAUUUUGUUGUCUGAUCGCAUGUUGACAUCAUCACAUGGAUGCAUCACAAAGCAAACAGGAGCAGAACCAGCUAGAAGGAUUCAAAAGAAAAACGCUGCAAGACGGAAAAAAAAAAUAUCAUCUGUGUCCUGUCCAUCGCUAGUGUCUUCUGUUUCCAAAACUUCAAAUAGCAAAGAUAAAUCAGAAAGCAAAGAUAUCUCUGUUCCCAAAAGAGAGCUCCACUUCAGGAAAAGCAAAGCACAGACACACAGACUAAGAAUAAGGACAGUUUCUGAACGUCUGAGCAUGUUGUGUCUUCCACGAUCAAGAUAUAUGAGGUUGCAGCAGCCACAUGAGUACAAAAUGAAGCUUCCACUUUUGGUUUCCAUAACACCAGAAAAUGAGAAGUCAGAGAGAGAUCGAUUCAUGAGGGCAAACUUUAACUAUAACCCAUUCUUCGUGUACCGUUGUGCUGCAGAUGAGAGAAUGAUGGAGAAAUUCAAUACACCAUCUGAUUACCAUUUGAAAAAAGCUAUUAACAUCAUGGAUAGUGUAAUUAGUGAGUUUGGCAGCUAUGAGGAAUUUGAAGACACAUCAGGUGGUCCUGUUCUAUCACGUUCACAGAUCUUAGCUCUUGUAAAGCGUUAUCUCAAAAAAGAGAAGCUGGAGUCGGAGAUAAAGGUAAACUUGAGCGAGGACCUCCUGUCAACGGCGUCUAUGACACAGAAAAAAGGAUGGCCACACCUGACUGUGCGUGUUUUGAAUACGCGUGAAUACUGGUGUGAUGGACUGCUUCAGCAUGAAAUUGGUACCCAUUACCUGCGUAGUUGCAAUAAUCGUCACCAGCUUUGGGCCUCACCAAUUCAGCGUGAGGAAAUGAUGCUUCAGCAUUACAACCCUACAGAGGAGGGGCUGGCUUCACUUCAUUCUGUAAUCAAUCGGCCAUACCCUUACCUCUGGCGGGCAGCACUUCUGUACUAUGUCACUUAUAAAGCUGCACACCUGUCUUUCAGAGAUCUCUUUGCAGAUCUGGGCAAGUUUCUAAAGAGCCCCAGCACACGCUGGGACUACUGUGUCAGAGCCAAACGAGGUCAGACAGAUACUUCAGUACCAGGUACGUUCUGUAAGGAUCAGGUGUACCUAGAAGGUGCACUGCAGCUCUUGAAGCACCGACACACUCUGGAUUUUGAGAUGCUGAUGAGACUGGGCAAAAUAGCUCAUGAAGAUGUCGAUCGUUUGUCCGAGCUUAGCGUGCUGGACAAUACUCGCAUUCCAAGUUUCAUGAUGGAUAUGAAGAAGUACAUAUGCCAGCUGGAUUAUAUUGCUGAGUGUAACGGCCUGACGGAUAGUGUCUUGUGGGAUAUGAAAUAGCUUCUCCUCCGCACAGUUGCCAUGGGAGCAAUGUUCAAUACGGGUCGUAAUGGAAAUAUGUGCACACAUUUACAGAGAUCUAGGAGGCAUUUCAAAUGGAAUUAAUAAUGUGCAAUAAUGUUUCCCAUUGUUUACUUUUUCUCUCAUUUGGUCUCCAUUUUAAACGUGUCUGCAGCUGAGCGUGUCCAGUUCCGUGUUCUCGAUCCGGCAGAAUGCCCAGUGAGACCGCCAUGGUUACUACUUCAAUAAACUUACCAUGGGAUUCAUUAUUUCAUGUUUGAGGAUGAACACAUAUACUAGCACACGUUCUAAUACUGUUACGCAUAUAUAUAAACAGCCCCUCACACAGACACUCUCUCUAACUCCUAUUUAAGUAUACACAUAUUUUAAAAGUAUUUCUUGGCGCCAGAUUUAUGAAGCAUUGUUUUUCUUAUCACAGCCGUGUAUGGUCUUCCUUUAUAUUUUACCUCUUUCAGGUUUAUGAUUAAAGGUUUGAAGGGCA